GCGUCGCCGGGAGAGGACGUGCUUCGCCCAGUCGCUCGCCGGCACCUCGCACUUCGCGCUCCGCGAUCGCCUAGACGCGCCCAGGAUACUUACAGUGUGAUCGCGGCCCAGUGGCGCGACAGUGUGCUUCCCUGCUCCAUCAGUGCAGUGUCCUUGGCAACAGGGAGAGCUCGUCCACCUGUUCGAAUCGGCCAGAGUGAUUUUCCCAGUGUCGUCAUGAAGGUGCUCGUCGGCGUCCUGGUCCUGGUGGCGUGUGCGUCCGCGCGCACCACGCCGCCGCCCUCGUCGGACCAGCCGGAGGACAUCGGGUCGCCGCUCACGGUGGCCCAGUGCCGCGCGCAGUGCUUGCAGCGGUUCACCAACACCCAGGCGGAGAGGCCCACCCAGUGCCUGCAGUCCCCCGACUGCUACAUGUGUUGGGAGAACUGUCAGCUCCUGCAGUCCAACUUCCCCGUCUGGGGAGCCAUGUGCAACGAGAAGAGCCUCUGUUUCCCCGGCUGCCAGCAGGCCUGCGCCUUCCACCGGCGCUCCCGGCCGCACCGCCAGCAGCAGGCCGUGGUGCUGACGGGCGGGCUGGCCGCGGUGCGCGUCUCGCCCUCGUCGACGGCGUCCUCCUCGUCGUCGUCCUCGUCCGCGGCCCAGCGUGCCUCCUGGCCCGCGCCGCCCGCGCGCUCCUCGGCGCCCCGGCCGCUCGUCUACGUGCUCAUGAGGAGGACGACGCAGCCCGCCUGGACGCAGAUCACCCAGACGGUGGACCUGAGCGCCAGACUGCCCGAGGACUUCGUCGUGGACCGGCACACGUUCCGCGUGCUGGUGGUGGGGCCCGACGGCCUGCAGACCAUCUACAGCCCCGCGCCGGACGCCGCCGCGGAGUCCGCCUCGACGGCCACCCUCAGCAGCACCGCCGCCCCCGCCACCACGGCCGCCCCCGCCACCACGGCCGCCCCCGCCGCCCCCGGCGCCGCCGGCGCCGCCGAGACGUUCUCGAUGUCGUCCCCCCAGAGGCGCAUUAACACAGCAAUCAAGGUCCCGGCCUCGGCGCCCGCCCCGGCGCCCGCCCCGGCGCCCGCCCCCAAGGAGCAAGGAUGGCAGCUGCGCGAGGACUCGCUCAUCCACCAGAAGGUGCUCGUCAUCGCCGAGCUGUCCUGGGCGCCGCGCGGCCCCGCCGCCGGAGUCUACCUCGUGACCUGGGAGGUGGACGGCGGCGGCCUCAAGGGCAACCUGUUCACCGACUCAACGCACGUCACGCUGUCCCUGUGGCCCGACACCGUCUACCACGUCCAGGUGGAGCUGGUGUCCGACUCGAAGCCCGGCCCCGCGCAGAGCGCCUCCCUGGUGGUGGACACCCGCCGCGCCGUGCCCAGCACCCUGGGCUCGCGCGGUCCGACCGCCAGCUCGCGCAUCCCGCUGUCCAUCGCCUCGGCCUCGUCGUCCACGUCGUCGUCGGCGUCCUCGCAGCAGACGGUGCCCGUGGACGCGGCGCUGCACCGCGGCCCCUUCCUGAUGCUGGCGCCCGUCCCCAGCAAGCGGCACGUGGCCGCCGUGGCCGCGGAGAAGCACCUCGGCGACGCGGUGCGCCGGUCGGCCGGCGGCGCCACACUGCUGGCGGUCGGCGCGGGCGUCGUCCUCGUCUCGCUGGCCGUCGGCGCCGUCCUGGUGUGGCGGUGCCGCGGAGCCUUCUUCCGUCGCGGCGCCGGCGCCGUCGGCGACAGCUCGCCGUUCAUCGGCGCCCUGGCCGUGGAGGAGGGCGACGUGCCGCCCGCCGCCGCCGCCAAGGCCGCCAAGAAGCAGGCGUCGCUGCACGCCGCCUUCACCGCGCCACCCCCCGUCGAGGCCCUCGCGCCCGUCGUCACGCUCGUGUCCGAGGGCGACGUCAGGCCGUCGUCGGCGACGUCGCCGUGCGCCGCCGCCCCCUGCCAGUGCUGUCCGCGGCCGGUGCCGUCGCCGUCCUGGAGGCACGUCAACAUGGCCUCGUCGUGGGCCUUCGCCCCCAGCGCGGCCAGCCCACUGCCCGCGCCCUCGCCCGCACGCUCCCCCUCGCCGUCCGCGAGGGUGUAGUGCCCGCACUCCGGAGCUGUGCACCUUCCAGUCAGCUGCGACGCCAAAAACGCCCAGAGGGACGACGAGGAUGACGAGGCACCUGCGCGACGGCCACGAGGGCGUGGAUGUUCCCCGCGUGUCCGAAAGAGACGGAACAUGCGCACGCUCGCGGUCGAAACGCCGUUUCUGAACCAAAAAUUUUAGUAGAGGGAGCGAGAGAGACAGAGACUUGUUUGGGGCACCGCACGCCGUCUAGGGGCGGGGUGGGUGCGGGGAUGCAAGUUCAGGGAUAGAGAUCUAAUUAUUAUUAUUAUUUUAAUACCAUAAGACCCGACUGAUAUGUGUGGCCGAUCACGAGUCGUGAAGUAUGAAUGCGUGUGCGGUUGUGAGAGUGUGUGUGUGUGUGGUUGUGAGAGUGUUGCGAGUGUGUGUGUGUGUGUGUGUGAGAGAGAGAGAGAGAGAGAGAGAGAUAUGCGUUAAGGCUAGGAAUGUGAUAUUUGUACUGAUUGCAGAGUAACACUACUUCAGGCUAGUGGUUCCAUAUUUUUUGGCGUGGUUCAUUUAAGCUAGCUUUGCUUUUUAGUCUGUUUACGUAAUCAAUUUAUCUCAUUUCUACAAUGUGAUGAUGUCUGGCAAUCGUAUUUACAAUAUCAUUUCUUGUCUUUGCAAUUUAGUAUAGUUCCAUCUAAGUAAAUCUCCUUGCCUAAAGACGCUGUUUCAAAGAUGCAAAGUGUGAGUUAUUUUAGUCCUGGAGGUUUGAGUUUGCCAAAUAUAAUAUUAGCUCCCAUAUUGGAAGCAAGAGUCAGUAUUUGUAUCCUAGAUUUUAAAGGAUUACUUUGUAACUACCUGUAAAUAAACCGCCUGUACAUAAACGUCCGGCAGGUAGCGUGUUAAAUGCAUAUCCUCACCUUCGUUCUAGUGCCUGCUUGAAUCAUUUUCCAGCACAUGACGUGCACUCGGAAUUUAGCCGGCUUGUACAAAAUGUUUUGUUUUAUACAAAUGUUAUUAUCUUAAUUACUGUACAUUGUUGUACCAUCAAUGGGUGAAAAAAAAAAUCCCAUGAAAAUACUGUGAGAUAUUGCGUCAAUAAAAGUGAUAAUUUAUUUAUUGAAAGAA